AUGGAUGGAGUCUGUAUCCGCGUCGGGCCCACGAUCAAAUAUCUGGGCCUGACGCUGGACGGUCGAUGGGGAUUCGGGCCGCAUUUCAGGCAGCUGGUCCCUCGGGUUCGCAAGGCAGGACAGGCUCUGGUCGGUCUCAUGCGGACCCAGGUGCUGACCGGAUACAGUUGCUUUGGAAAGUACCUUCAGCGAAUAGGGAAGGAACCCACCACCGAGUGCCACCACUGCCCGGAGCGGAAGGACAUGGCGCAUCAUACUCUGACUUUGUGCCCGGCAUGGAGUCAGGAGCGCCGUGUCCUGGCCCGGGCGGUGGUGUGCCGGGUGGAAGCACUCUCGUUCCCGCGCAUGGUACCGACCGAAACGACCAUGUCCGGUCAGCACCUGCGUCAAAUGGAAGGCGAGUCCACGCCCCCUCCUGUCUGUCAGUUCAGGUAG